CAUACAAACCGUUGGGAUCCUAGAUGUGCAAAGAAACAAAGACGGUAGCCUAGAGCCAGAAAUUGGGUGACUUCGUCGCGAAAUGCGGCUAACAUUCUUAGAAUGGGGCCUACUGGCAUCCCUUCUUCAGUCUGCAUCUGUAUCCGCGUUCCCCCAUGAUGCUAGAGUUGAUAGGGUACUCCAAAGGUAUUCUGGACGUUCCGGCAUUGGACGACGCAGUGAUGUUGCUGGGAAUUCAAGCCAUGUAUACAGCACGAGAUUUCCUGGCGUUAGCUGGGACCAAGAGAACUGGCGCCUUGAAAGCACGACUCUCGAUCAGGGUCAUUUCCAGUCGCGUGGCUCUGUUGCCAACGGCUAUAUCGGUAUCAAUGUCGCUAGCGCGGGUCCUUUCUUCGAGCUCGAUGUCCCAGUAGAUGGCGAUGUAAUCAGCGGUUGGCCACUCUUCUCCAGACGGCAGACUUUCGCUACCAUCAGUGGAUUCUUCGACCUUCAGGCUGAGACAAACGGGUCGAACUUUCCUUGGUUGAAUCAGUACGGCGGCGAAAGCGUCAUUAGUGGUGUUCCACACUGGAGUGGUCUGAUUCUCGACCUGGGAAAUGAUACGUAUCUCGAUGCCACUGUCGAUAACGAAACUAUCUCCGAUUAUACUACGACCUUCGACUAUAAAGCUGGGCUCCUUUCAUGGUCAUAUACAUGGAAACCAAAAGACGUUCACGCCUCCUUUAAUGUCACAUAUAGGCUCUUCGCCCACAAGUUGUAUGUCAACCAAGCUGUCGUGCACCUGGAGGUGACCGCUUCAGCCGACGCAGAAGCUACCGUUGCGAACGUGAUAGAUGGUUAUUCAGCUGUCCGCACAGACUUCGUGGAAUCUGGCCAGGAUGGACCUGCGAUCUACUCAGCCGUUAGACCAUGGGGAAUCAACAACGUGACGGCGUAUGUCUAUGCCAUCAUGAGUGGCUCUCAAGGAGUUAACACGUCAACCCCAAUUGUCACUAAAGACAAGCCUUAUCUCCACACAAACGAUUCGUCCAUUGCGCAACUCGUCAACGUCAAGUUCCCUGCCGGGAAGACUGUCAGUAUUACCAAGUUCGUCGGGGCUGCAUCCUCAGAUGCAUUCUCCAAUCCUCAGCAGACAGCCAAGAAGGCAGCAUUGAAAGCCCGAGCCACUGGUUACGAAAAGUCUCUCCACUCACAUGUUUCAGAAUGGGCAAACGUUAUGCCUGAUGGAUCUGUCGAUGAUUUUACCUUCCCAGAAAACGGCACUCUCCCCCAGGAUGAGUAUAUCAUUGACUCGGCCGUCAGUGCUGUCACAAAUCCUUACUAUCUCCUACAGAACACGGUCGGCAAGAAUGCGAUCCGGGAAUCCUCCUCUACAUCACUGAACUCAGAGAGUAUCUCCGUCGGUGGCCUGACUUCGGACUCAUACGCAGGCCAGAUCUUCUGGGAUGCGGAUACCUGGAUGCAACCUGGUAUUGCAGCUUCGCACCCAGAAGCCGCACAAUGCAUCACAAACUACCGCAUUGCCAAGUACGGCCAGGCCCGUGAAAAUAUCCACACAGCAUUUACGAGUUCGAAGAAUAAGACUCAUUUUUCUGACUCCGCUGCGAUUUAUUCCUGGACAAGCGGCCGUUUUGGGAACUGCACGGGUACGGGACCUUGCUUCGACUAUGAGUACCAUCUGAACGGGGAUAUCGGUUUGUCGUUUAUCAACCAAUGGGUCGCUACCGGAGAUGAUUCUUUCUUCAAAGAAAAGCUUUUCCCGAUCUACGACUCCAUCGCGACGAUGUUUUCCAACUUGCUUGAGCGGAACGGUACAUCAUGGACGUUGACAAAUAUGACUGAUCCGGACGAAUAUGCAAACCAUGUCGAUGCGGGUGGAUACACGAUGCCCCUGAUUGCGCAGACAUUGCUCUACGCGAAUGCAUUCCGUAAGCAGUUCGGCAUCGAACAGAACAGCACAUGGAUGGACAUGUCCGAGAAUGUAUUGCUUCUACGCGAAAACGGCGUCACCUUGGAAUAUACAACGAUGAACGGAACAGCUGCAGUUAAGCAGGCAGAUGUGGUGCUGGAUACUUACCCGUUGAACUAUGACUCGGGCUACAGUGCCCAGGAUGCCCUGAAUGAUCUGGAUUAUUACGCCGGAAGUCAAUCUCCUGAUGGUCCAGCCAUGACAUGGGCUAUCUUCUCUAUUGUAGCUAGCGAGGUGUCGCCAUCAGGCUGCUCGGCAUAUACUUACGGCCAAAACGCCUAUGUUCCGUAUGCGCGAGCACCCUUCUAUCAACUCUCAGAGCAGAUGAUUGAUGACGCCUCUCUUAAUGGCGGAACUCACCCAGCGUAUCCCUUCUUGACCGGUAGUGGUGGCGCUAAUCAGGUCGUCCUAUUCGGCUACCUUGGCCUGCGUCUCCUUCCAGACAACGUUAUCCAUAUUGACCCGAACCUGCCACCACAGGUGCCUCAUGUCAAGUACCGCACCUUCUACUGGCGAGGAUGGCCUAUCUCUGCGAAGUCCAACUACACCCACACUACGAUCCAGAGAGCGACGGACGUUUCUCCGCUUGACACAGCAGACCCUAAAUUUGCUAACGUCACGAUCCCCGUGCACGUUGGAUCUGAGAGUAACGCAACGGUGUAUCGACUACCAGUCAACGGAACUCUCACUGUUACGAACAGGCAGAUUGCAUCCCGGUAUACAGUUGCCGGAAACAUUGCUCAAUGCAAGCCAGUAACGUCAACCUCAGAAUUUGAGCCUGGCCAGUUCCCCAUUGCAGCUGUCGACGGCGCUACGUCUACGAAGUGGCAGCCAUCGUAUGCGGCCAAUGUCAGCGCAGUGACCGUUUCUCUGAGCCAAACCGAGUCUGGAGCGCCUAUUUCGGGAUUCUACUUCGAUUGGGCACAAGCUCCACCUGUCAACGCGACCGUCAUAUUCCACAAUAACUCCGUGGAGAAUCCUGUGUCUGCAUUCUCUUCUACAUCGGACUCGAGCUCGAAAUCCGACUACUCCGUGGUCCUCAGCCUGCACAACAUUAGCUUUUCGGACCCAUAUAACCCAAAAACGACCGACCUCAACGCGAUCAAUAUCCCUCGCGGGAACAGCACAAAUGUCACGCUUACAAACCCCGUGCCAGUUCCGCGGUUUGCGACGCUCUUGAUUGUCGGAAACCAGGCCUUAUCCGAAGCUGAGGUUCAGGCGAAGAAUGGAACUGGAGCUACCGUUGCUGAGUGGUCUAUUCUCGCAGGAAACAGUACUAUUGUUGCUUCUGACCCUGAUGCAGAGAAGAGGAGACUGAAGAGAAGCUCUCAACUUCUUGGACGCUACGCGCGGGAUCCUCGGCGUAACUAACCAAAACUCGAUGAGAAAUUGCGGAUGAUCUUAUAAGGUAUCACCCCAGACAUUUCUCGAUGCAUGUUUGCCUGCCUGCUAUGUAUAUAAAAGGAAAUUGAGAAAAUAAUAUCAUUCCUGUUUAAGUCAAAGCCUGGAAAUAUAUAGAAACACCCGAUGUACAGUAAUUAAAAAUGAGCUCACAUAUGUGG